AUUGCUAGUGGUUAUCACAUUUGCUCAGCUCCAGAGGCAGUUGAAUGUAGAGCAAAACAAUACCCUGGACUUCAGAUCUCUCAGCUUGGCCAAGACGUGACUUGCAAUCCAUCCGUUGGACUGAUUUGUAAAAACAAUGAGCAAGGUCUUCAGCAAAAGUGCUUUGAUUACGAGAUACGAGUGAAAUGUUGUCAAUGUCCUCCCACAACACACAUCCCGAUCACCACAGAAUUUGUUCCCACGACAACAACAACAACAACUCAGCCACCCAUAACUAGUACUUUUCCUACAACCUCAUUUCCUGUAACAUCUGGUGGAACAACAUCACCAACAAUUACAUCCACUGAACCCGUUUGUUUUUGCCAUUUCAAUCAUCGUGAUUUCUCCAUUGGCUCAAUUGUUUACAAUGUCUCUGACCAUGAUGGAUGGUGCUACAUUGGUCUCUGCAACAAGACUUGCAAAGUAGAAACCCGUUCCUUCAGAUGUGAUGUAACAACUACCCCAGUUACCACUACUUCACCCACCACUACACUGCUCCCAACAACAACAACAAUACCACAUACAACAGAAAGACCAACCACCACCCCAAAAUCUACAAUUGAGCAACACUGUCCCCAUGAACAUCCUCCAAGACAGAACGGUGACAGCUGGAAACAUAACCAGUGCACCAACGGAACAUGCGCCAACGGGAAAGUUAUUUAUGAGCAUGUACAUUGUGAGACUCCGAAGCCAAUAGCAUGUGAAAAUAACUAUCCUCCGAUCAAAGUGUAUGACGAAUCUGGAUGUUGUUUCCACUAUGAGUGUCAAUGUAUCUGCUAUGGUUGGGGAGACCCUCACUAUGUCACCUUUGAUGGAACAUACUAUGGCUUCCAAGGAAAUUGUUCUUACGUCUUGGUCAAAGAAAUCCUGCCAAAGUACAACUUCAGUGUUGUAAUCGACAAUUACUAUUGUGAUGCCCCAGAUGGACUUUCCUGUCCUCAGUCUCUGACAAUUUAUUACCAAUCUUACAAGAUAUUCAUGACCAAGAAGGACGUUGAUGGAGUUUUCACAAGUCUGAUUUAUGUAAACCAGCAACGCAUCAUCCCAGCAUAUGAGACCAAGGACUUCCGCAUCACAGACAACGGAAUUGAGACCCUUUUAGUCAUACCAGCAAUUAAUGCCAAGGUGUCUUUCACUGGUCUUAUGUUUAGCAUAUACCUGCCCUGGGACCAGUUCAGUGGCAACACUGAGGGACAGUGUGGUACAUGUGACAACAACCGGACAGAUGACUGCCGCUUGCCAGAUGGAACUAUCGAUUCAUCUUGUCCAGACAUGGCACACCAAUGGCAUGUUGCUGACCACAAUAACAGUCAGUGCACACCACCACUACCACCACCAGAACCGACACCAACACCACCAACAGGCUGCGAUCCACCCAUUUGUCAUCUCAUUCAAAGCAAGGUCUUUGAGAGUUGCCAUAAGAUAAUCCCCUAUGAGCCAUUCCUUGUGGCAUGUUUCUUUGAUGUGUGCCAUAUGGAUGAUGUUACCAUUGGCUGCACCAGCUUGCAGACCUAUGCUGAUGCAUGUGCACAAGCAGGAGUCUGUAUUGAGUGGAGAAAUUAUACAAAUGGACAAUGUGACUUCACAUGCGAGAAACCCAAGGUUUAUAAUGCCUGCGGUCCACAAGUUGAACCAACCUGUAAUGCCUGGUACAAUUUUAAAUUCAUCCAGACUCAAAAUGAGUUCAGCGUCAUGGGAGAUAUACAAUUGGAGGGAUGCUAUUGCCCUCCUGGUACCACUUUGAUGAGUUCCAGCUCAAACUACUGUAUCCCCAGCUGUGAUAUUUGUCCGUUGCCAAAUGGAGAAUGGAAAGAGGCUAAUGAGACCUGGGUGAGCAACUGCCAGGAUUGUGUAUGUGACCCAUACAGUCUGGAAAUCCAGUGCCAGCCGGUGGCAUGCCAACAUCAGCCUCCUCUCACCUGUGAUCAGGAGGGCCAAGUUAAGGUCGUAGAAACUGUUGACUGUUGUCAAAAGGACAAAUGCGAGUGUGAUGUCACACGAUGCUCUACUUCCAAGAUAACUUGUCCAGUCGGAUUUGAGAUAGAGGCAACUAUGGGAGUCUGCUGCCCAACUUAUCAAUGCGUGCCAAAGGAUGUCUGUGUGUUUAACAACACUGAAUAUCAGCCAGGUGCCAAUGUUCCUGGGGACAAGUGCAAGAAUUGUGUGUGUGGUGACAGGGUGGAUGCCCAAUCCCAUCUACAUAUCAUUGAGUGUCAACCUACUGAAUGUGACACUCACUGCCAGCAGGGCUAUGAUCAUCAAGCUGUUCCUGGGCAGUGUUGUGGGAAGUGUGUACAGACAAGCUGUGUGGUUAUGCUGCCAGAUAAUACCACACACACUAUUCAGCCUGGUUCCAUCUGGAUACCAUCUGGAGACAAGUGUCUCAAGUUUGAGUGCGUAAAGAUUAUGGACCAAUUCAUCCCAAUUGAGGCUAAAACCGUGUGCCCUGACUUCCACCCAGAAGAUUGCAUACCCGGAACUGAAGUCAUUGCUCCAGAUGGUUGCUGCCAUGUCUGUGUUCCAAAAUAUAAGCCAUGCAACGUGACAAAGGGAAAAGUGUACCUGGACAGCAAUGGGUGCAAGUCUGCAAACGAGGUGGAAGUGACAACAUGCGGAGGAUCCUGUGGCACCUACGCCAUGUAUUCUCUUGAGGCCAACAUGAUGGAGCGCUCUUGUACCUGUUGUCGGGAAGUAUCCACCACCAAGAAGGAAGUGGAGAUGAUCUGCCCAGACGGGUCAAAGUUCAACCACUCCUACAUUCACAUCAAUAAAUGUGGCUGCCAGAGGACAGAGUGCGUGACCCCAGAGGCGACCCAGGUCGCAGGGUCACGACGCAGGAGAAGAUGAAUGACUCUCCACUACUAUCCCUUUACUGCUUAGAUUAGUUCUCUAUUUAUGCUCAAGUUGUUCACUUUCCUGCAAAGUAAUCUCCUAGAAGGAGAAAAAGUUUCAGCUUUUUUGUCAAAUUUAGUUUUGUUUUAGCCAUUCAAAACACAUAAAUAAAGUUGGCAAUAGGCUAUGCAUACAUACCA